UUUUUUUUUUCUCAGGGGUGGUGGCCGCUGUUUUGCUUCAUUAGCUUCCCGUUCGAAAGCAUGGGAAUGUAGCGAGGGAAUAUCCCGGAUAAAGUUGUGUAAAAGUGCUCGAUAAGUUCUUCCAAGUUGCCGACAGUCCGUUCCGCAUCUUUGGAGCUCCUUUGCGACAUCGACGGCCACCCGAGAGACGCUUUUUUGAUAUUCUUGCGGCGAGCAAUAUCGGACAAAGGGAAGAGACUUGUGAGCUAACGUUAGCUCGGCUAACUUAGCGUUCGUCCAUCAAGUGCUUCGCAAUGCAGGCCAUAAAGUGUGUCGUUGUCGGGGACGGAGCUGUGGGUAAGACCUGCCUGCUCAUCAGCUAUACCACCAAUGCCUUUCCCGGAGAGUACAUCCCCACAGUUUUUGAUAACUACUCCGCCAAUGUCAUGGUGGACGGCAAGCCCGUUAACCUGGGCCUUUGGGAUACAGCAGGACAGGAAGACUAUGACCGACUCCGCCCACUUUCCUACCCUCAGACGGAUGUGUUUCUCAUCUGCUUUUCGCUCGUGAGUCCGGCCUCCUUUGAAAACGUCCGUGCCAAGUGGUACCCUGAAGUGAGACACCAUUGUCCCAACACUCCCAUCAUCCUGGUGGGCACCAAGUUGGAUCUGAGAGAUGACAAAGACACCAUCGAGAAACUGAAGGAGAAGAAACUCACACCAAUCACCUACCCACAAGGCCUGGCAAUGGCCAAAGAGAUCAGUUCCGUCAAGUACCUGGAGUGCUCAGCUCUGACUCAGCGCGGCCUUAAAACUGUGUUCGACGAGGCCAUCCGUGCUGUUCUGUGCCCCCCGCCAGUAAAGAAGAAGGGGAAGAAGUGCAGCCUUCUUUAAGAGCCAAGAGGGACGGGCGGGGCGUGGCGUGGCG